GCCCGAGCCGCGGCCAUGCAGAGGGUGCUGGGGGCCGGGCCGCUGCGCGGGGAGGCGCUGACGACGGCUGGGCGGAGCGGGCGGGCCGGGCUCAGGCGCCUAGCGGAGGCGGGCCGGCGUAAGGCCGCGUUACUAUGGCAGCCAGCGAGCGGCGGCGGGGCCCCGCCAACCGGAAGUGACGCCCCGGAAGGCGGAAGUGGCGGGGAAGGCGGCCGCGCUCUCGGGCGGCGCAGCGGGAAGCACGUGGCGGCCGCGGCCCAGGCCGGCCUCGACGCGCCCGGGCUCCUGCCCAUGGUGGAGACGUUCUGCACGCGGGCCAUGCGCGUGGCCGAGGCUGACCUGGUGCAGCAGCUCCGCAGCCCGCGGCCCGAGACCGAGAAGCGGCAGUGGGUGCACGGCAUCCUGGAAACCAUCCAGCGCUGCAGCCACGUCCUGGAGGUCUCCGUCCCCGUGAAGCGGGACACCGGCCACUGGGAGGUGGUCGAGGGCUGGCGGGCCCAGCACAGCCAGCACCUCCUGCCCUGCAAAGGGGGGGUUCGGUUUUGUGAGUCAAUUAGCAUUGAUGAUGUAAAAGCCCUGGCAGCCUUAAUGACCUACAAAUGUGCUGUGGUGGAUGUUCCCUUUGGUGGUGCCAUGGCUGGCGUGAAGAUUGAUCCAAAGAAGUAUUCAGAAGGUGAGCUGGAGAAAAUAACAAGGCAGUUUACGAUUGAAAUGGCCAAGAAGGGAUUUAUAGGGCCUGGAACUGAUGUUGCUGCUCCUGACAUAAAUACAGGGGAAAGGGAGAUGUCCUGGAUUGCUGACACCUACUCCCACACUCUCGGGUACAAGGAUAUCAAUGCCCAUGCCUGUGUGACAGGGAAGCCUAUUAGUCAGGGAGGAAUCCAUGGGAGAGUCUCUGCCACAGGCCGUGGUCUGUUGCAUGGGGUUGAGAACUACAUCAACAGCACUCUCUAUAUGAACCUCAUUGGCCUGAGCCCCGGGUUCCCUGGCAAGACCUUCGUGUUGCAGGGCUUUGGCAACACGGGCCUGCACACCAUGAGGUACCUGCACCGCUACGGAGCAUGCUGCGUGUGUGUCGGGGAGGUGGAUGGUGCUAUUUACAAUUCCAGCGGGAUCCAUCCCAAGGAACUAGAAGACUAUAAGAAGGAACAUGGCACCAUAGUUGGCUUUCCCAAAGCAGAGCCUUAUGAUGGCAGCGUCCUCGAAGUACCUUGUGACAUCCUCAUCCCAGCUGCUAUCGAGAAGCAGCUCACAAAAGAUAAUGCGCAUCGGGUCCAAGCCAAGAUUAUCGCCGAAGCUGCCAAUGGCCCCACGACACCAGCGGCCCAUGAGAUCUUCUUGCAGAGAAAUAUCCUCGUCAUCCCGGACCUGUAUGUGAACGCGGGCGGCGUGACGGUUUCCUUCUUUGAGUGGCUGAAGAACCUGAACCACGUGAGCUAUGGCCGCCUGACCUUCAAGUACGAGCGGGACUCCAACUACCACCUGCUGAUGUCUGUCCAGCAGAGCCUGGAGCGGACCCUUGGGAAGGGCAGCGGCGAGAUCCCCAUCGUCCCCUCCCCGGAGUUCCAGGCCAGGGUGGCAGGGGCCUCCGAGAAGGAUAUCGUGCACUCGGGUCUGGCCUACACUAUGGACCGCUCGGCCCAGCAAAUCAUGAACAUGGCCACGAGGUACAACCUGGGCUUGGACCAGAGAACCGCUGCCUACCUGUGCGCCAUCGAGAAGGUGUUCAGGGUGUACAAUGAAGCUGGGUUCGCAUACUGACGUGAGCUGUCCCCUGGCCUCGGCCCUCCCUCCCCAGGCUAAGGGCACAGCUGCCGAAAAGCUCCCGGAAAGAGACUCUCGGGGGGGCGGGGGGAGAGAAGGAGAAGUGCUGGUGGUGGGGGUCAGGGCAUGUUUGUCCCUGUGGCUCCAACCUCAGCCCUCCUGCGUUGCAGAGGGAGCCGCUGCCGAGGCUGCGUUGGGGUCACCUAGCUCUGUGAGUGCCACCAUGCAUUGUCUCUCCAUAAACCAUUUACUGGGA